AUGAGAGUAGCCAGAGCAAGAUUCAUCCGAUUCUCUUCCGAGAGGUAUGCGGAUGAAUCCAUACCUAAACAUGUUUUAGGCAGUGCUCCCCUGGGUCUCUCAGACCAGGAAGCCAAAGAGGUUGAGCUUUCUCACCUUCUUUUAGCAUUUGCAGACAAGGUUGGAAAGCAACAAUACGAUCAGGCGAGAAAGCUGCAGAAUUUAUGCCAUUUCCUAUCUUCCAGCUCUGGAAACGCUGUUCAGAGAGUAGUUUAUUAUUUUUCAAAAGCUCUUCAAGAGAGGAUAGACAAGGAAACUGGGAAAAUCAUAUGUAAGGGCUCAGAAAGUAAGGAUAUACUUGCAAUGCUAUUGGAAAAGACAAUGGUUUGUUGUCCCGCUUUCUUUGCUUGUUUCCUUGAACUUCCCUUCUACCAAGUAACUCAGUUUGCCGGGAUCCAAGCAAUUGUGGAAGGUGUAGCAUCAGCCAAAAGAGUUCAUUUCAUUGACCUUGAGAUCAGAAGUGGGGGGCAAUGCACGGUGUUGAUGCAAGCUCUUGCGUCAAGAUAUGAACAACCGAUUGAGAUGCUUAAAGUUACUGCAGUAGGAAGUGGUACUGCAUCAACACAAAAGCUUGAGGACACCGGAAAAAGAUUGGCUCAGUUUGCUAAGGCAUUACAUUUGCCCUUUUCCUUUAGAAUAGCAAUGGUAAAAGACAUCAACGAACUCAAUGAAGAUGCAUUCGAGUCUGAGGAUGGUGAAACAACAGCAGUUUACUGUUCUCUGAUGCGAAGCAGCAUGCGGACACUACCUGAUUGCUUGGAAUCGGCAAUAACAGCACUCAGGAAGCUCAAUCCAUGUCUGAUGGUGAUAACAGAAACCGAGUCAAAUCUCUAUUCACCAGCUUUCGAAGACCGUUUCAAUGAAGCGCUCGUCUACUAUAGUGCUUAUUUUGAUUGCAUUAAUGUAUGCAUGGAUAGUUGCAGUCCAUACAGGAGGGAAUUGGAAGAGACAUUUUUGGCUCAACAGAUUAAAAAUAUUGUCGCGAAUGAAGAAGACAGGAUAUUCAGGCACAUGAGAAUUGAUGUUUGGAGGAGCUUGUUUGCAAAGUUUGGCAUGGUGGAAGCAGAGCUCAGCUUGUCAUCUCUAUACCAAGCAGACCUUACUGCUAAGCAAUUUGCAUGUGGAGAAUCAUGCACAUUGGAUAUGAAUGGAAAAUCCAUAACCGUUGGAUGGAAAGGAACACCAAUUCUUUCUCUUUCUGCUUGGAAAUUCAAUGCAAUCACUAGUAAUUACAUCUAA